GUGGCAGCGCGCCGCCAUAUUGACUGUUGUCUUGACUGAAGAAGAUAGGGGGAAACAUUUGUGAUCCUAGAAUAAUCGAAACCGUGCUUUUAAACAUCUCUAAACUGGUGCAACAUUGGCCAAAGGAUAUCUCCGACACCUGCGUGAUGACGAGGAAGAAAAGCAAACAGCAAGGAGUCGGGAGCAAGGAGCUGGUGCCCGUACAACAGAACAUACCGAAGAGCCCCGUCUCUCCCGGAGAUGCAGCUGGCGGAGAUGCAGGGCUGGAUAGACUGGCCGCCAGGGCGAAUCAGCCGAUGCACACCUGCUGCCUCCUGUGUCACCGUGAGUUUAAGGACUGGGGGGCGAGCUCUGCCAACGGUCUGCCUGGGGGCCACGGGGCGAAGCUAGCCGACGCUGUCCCAGCCCUGUCCCAGGCCCUGCUCAGAGAGGUGCCGGGUCGGAAGUUGUCCGACACCGUGCCGUCGCUGAGCCAGUCUCUACUGGGAGAGGUGCCGCUAUGGAUCUGCCAGAGCUGCCGGAAGAGCGUUGAGGAAGAGGAGAGACAGAGUGCCCAGGAAACGCCUGCACCGGUUCCGUUGUCCCACUCAUCGUCGUGUAAGGCCCAGAGUUGUGAUAACGGUUACCCAGAGCAGAGCUCCGUAGACUGGGACCCAUCCUCCUUCCUCUCAGCCCACAAGCUUUCUGGUCUCUGGAACUCGGCUCACAGCAACGGAGGGGUCCACUGCAACCACAGCACUGCCUUGCACGCACAGCAAGGAACAGGGGGACCAGCGUGUCACGAGAAGCGAGGCUCUCACGAGGCUCCUGGGAAAUCUGCUAAAACCCCUGGGGCCAAGGUGUGCCCCUACAGUCACCCUUCCCAGAAUUCCAGUGGUUCGUCCCCCGGGAACCCGCUCUCUACCUCCGGGGACCUCUGUAAGAACACCCCCAAGCACUUCAAGACCAUGUGCCGACGACCAACUCCGCCUGGCGAAGCGUUCCACCCCAGCGACCACCACCAACACUCGGACCUGUCUGUCCCCCCCAACAGCCCCACUGGCCUCUCCUCCUCUCAGCAUUCCUCUCUCCUGCCCCUCAAGCAGAGCUCUGGAGGGCAGCAGCACGGCCAUGUCUCCUCAUCCUCCUCCUCCUCCUCUCCCAGUCUCGCUGCUCCCGCUCCCUUCUCCCCGCUGGUACCAAACCUCCACGGCCCCCCGGCAGGGGCCAAGCUGGGGACCCUGGGUGGCACUGACUGCCCAACAGGGGCCCUCCAUAAGCCCUUGGCAUGUAAGAACUCACACAUUCCUCCUGUGAACGGUCAGCACAGCAAACUGGGCCCCUCCCUGAUGGGCUGUAAUCACCCCUGCAACGGCCACAGUGGGGGGGCACUGCCCUCUUCCAACGUGGGACACCUGACCUCUGGGCAACACCUGACCUCUGGGCAACACCUGACCGCUGGGCAACACCUGACCGCUGGGCAACACCUGACCGCUGGGCAACACCUGACCGCUGGGCAACACCUGAGCGCUGGGCAACACCUGAGCGCUGGCGCCUGCAGGGACCAGGCGUGUAAAGGACACAAGCUGUCUAACGGGGCGGGGGGGUUGUGUCACCCCCCGUCGGAGCUGGAGGAGGGAGAGGAUGAGGACUCUAGUUCUGAGAGGAGCUCCUGUGCUUCCUCCUCAAACAACCAGAAGGAUGGGAAGUACUGUGACUGCUGCUACUGUGAGUUCUUCGGACACAACGCGCCCCCGGCGGCUCCGACCAGCCGCAACUACACAGAGAUCCGUGAGAAGCUCCGGUCCCGUCUGACGCGUCGUAAGGAGGAGUGUCUUCCCCAGAGACGGGACUCUGACCCGGCCGUGUCCACCUCCAUCGACCACCGAGACGUGGACGAGCUGCUGGACUUCAUCAACUCCUCAGAGCACAAACCGGCCAACAGUGCUAAGGCUGCCAAGCGGGCGCGACAUAAACAGAAGAAGAAGGAGAAGCAGACCCAGGCGGGUAGUGGUGAUGGUGAGGAAGCUGGCAGCGACCCCCCCUCCACCUCUCCAGACCCAGACCACCCCAGCCAGGAGGAGGGGGAUGUGGACGGGGAGGAGGGUGAGGACCCAGACCUCCCCAGCCAGGAGGAGGGGGAUGUGGACGGGGAGGAGGGUGAGGACCCAGAGGCUAGUCGACUGCUGGAGUGGCCUCAGCUGGAACUAGAGAGGGUCAACUCCUUCCUGACCUCUCGGCUAGAGGAGAUCAAAAACACCAUCAAGGACUCUAUCCGGGCCUCGUUCUCCAUGUACGACCUCAACCUGGAUGUGAAUGACUUCCCUAAGAAGGCUGCUACUCUGGAGGGCAACCAUCUUCUCUCCCACCUCAACGGCUCCUCCUGCUCUGACCUGCAGCAGAUAGACCUAGACCUGGCCCCUCUCUCCCUGGGUACCUUCAAGAGCCAUCUGGACCUGGUCAACGGCUGGGAGGAGGCCCAUCCCCGGGACUACUCCCCCAUCGGACCCAUCUCACCCCUGGCUAGUGCUACUGUACCUGGGGUAGGGGGACCAGGGGCUGCGGCUGGUACUGGGGCGAAGGAUGUUCAGAGGCUCCACACCACCCCCAGCCUCUCCAAGCUGAUCCGGGUGCGCACCCCAGAGAGGUGCCGCUCUGCUAGGCCUGAGAAUAAACACCAGGCCCCUGCUAAGACCCAGACCCAGGCCUCCACCAUGGCGGCUAAGCCUAAAGAGGAGGCCCCAGCGGAGCCCAACAACAUUACUCCUGGGGCUAAUGCUGGGGCUGGCAAGAACACUUCUACUCCUGGGGCUGGGGUUAAUGCUGGGGCUGGCAAGAACAUUAAUACCCCUACUCCUGGGGCUAAUGCUGGGGCUGGCAAGAACACUUCUACUCCUGGGGCUGGGGUUAAUGCUGGGGCUGGCAAGAACACUUCUACUCCUGGGGCUGGGGUUAAUGCUGGGGCUGGCAAGAACACUUCAACUCCUGGGGCUGGGGUUAAUGCUGGGGCUGGCAAGCUGAAGAAAGGCAAGAAGCAGCAGCAGCAACGGCAGGACCAGCUACCUCCAGAACAGAACCAGACCAGACCCGGAUCCAAAGCAGCUGCAGAGUCUCAGAAAACUGGUUCCAACAGUUCUGAUGCUGUGGGCUCUAACGGUUCUAAGGCUGGUUCUGGUUCCAAACCACCACCUCACUCAGCUGAGAGCCAGAGAACCGGGCCAAGGAGGGCAGAGGAGACCAGGCCCACCCGGCAGCAGGCCACCAACGGGACAGUGAGUAGCGGGGGUGCUCCCAGCUCCCAAAGAGGGAAGGGGGAGGAGCAAGAGGCCAAAGGUCACUCUGUCACCUCAGCCAAUCACAACCAAGCCCAGCAGCAGCAACCCAAGGGGAAGACUAAGAAGAACAAGAACAAGGGGGAGAAAACCAGCCGCAACAUCGACGAUGUGUUUCUCCCUAAAGACGUAGACCCAAAAGAAAUGGAUGAGAUUGAUCGUGAGGUGGAGUACUUCAAAAGGUUUUGCCUUGACUCUGCUAAACAGACCCGCCAGAAGGUUGCAGUAAACUGGUCCAAUUUUAGCCUCAAAAAGGUUCCUUCCAACGCAGCCCAGUAACUGACGGGUUGUAGAAUGCAGAACCCCCCCCCCCCAACAUAACUAUGUCCAGACAACCCCAAAGGCCUGAGGUCUCCUAUUUUUCCUCACCAAGCCAAGGGACCCUGGUGCAACACCAUUUUCCAUUCGUCAGGACUGCAAUACUGCGACGCUAUUGGCUCACAGCCAGGGAUCAUUCACACACGGGGCCGACUGAGACUCCUCUCUGCUGUCUCACAACGAGGGAGAUGAGCGAUCCAGGUUGAAACAUGGAGAACCAACACCCUUCUGUCUAUCAGAUCUGAUCUACUGUGUACUUCACAAAACAGUUACCUUAUACAAUAAAAAGUGUUUUUAUUGCAA